AGUCACUUCCAUCAUCUCGACAUCUCGCAUCUCGACUCUUCAUUCUUUCCUCUGCACUCAAGAUCUCUAUCUCGAUUUUCUUGCUCUCGCCCUCUCGCACUCCCGCCUCACGACUUCUCACGACUAUUACACUGCUAUUACAGUUGCACUUUCACCCAACACAAACACUAUACCUCAGCGAUAGCGCUGCCUUCGCACGCGCUUCCUUGAGCGUCCAACGUCUCGAUCACGAUGGAUCCGUCAAUCCUUAGAGGUCUCAAUGACAAGAUCUACGAGCGCCGCAAGGCCGCUGCAUUAGAACUCGAGAAGCAAGUACUAUCGUCCGAUGGAGCGCGCAUCUCAAAUAUCAUUGACCAGCUAUGUGGCAUGUUUGCGGCCAACAACGCCAUGCACACGCGCAACGGCGGACUGAUUGGCUUAGCUGCCACGGCCAUCGCCCUCGGGCAGGACGUAGCACCCUUCCUUCCCGUCAUCAUUCCGCCUGUUCUCCAGUGUUUCCAGGACACGGAGAGCCGCGUGCGCUACCACGCAUGCGAGAGCUUAUACAACAUCGCAAAGGUCAGCAAAGGCGAGAUCUUGACAUACUUUAACGAAGUGUUCGAUGCACUGAGCAAGCUCUCAUCUGACUCUGAAAUGUCCGUCAAGAAUGGCGCGGAAUUACUUGACCGCCUGAUGAAGGAUAUUGUCGCGGAUGCUGCGGCAACGUAUGUUUCGGUGUACCAGGACGACGACCCAAGUCGCACGCCUCAGAAUGCCAAGGCGGAGUUACAUGACGCAUCCGAGGACUCGCCGGGGAAGGGUGAUGGUCAGCCCGGCUCGAGCCCUAUACGUCCAGGCGAUGCAGACAGGCUCACCACACACACGCUCGAUAAAGAGCACGGAGACCGUCGGGCUUUCUCUCUUGAACGCUUCAUGCCGCUCCUCACGGAACGCGUCUACGCCAUCUCGCCUUACACGCGGAUGCACCUCGUAUCGUGGCUAAUUGUUCUCAACACCGUCCCUGACCUCGAACUGGUCUCGUACCUCCCCGAAUUCCUGGACGGCCUCCUCAAGUAUCUCGCCGACACGAACGGCGACGUGAGGGGUGCCACCGAGAACCUCCUUGCUGAGUUUCGCCGCGAGAUCCGCCACAUUGCCACCCAGCAAGAUAAGAUGCUUGAGGCAGAUCACAAGAAGAGGCUGGAGAAACGCAAUAGCCGUACAACGAGCGACUCGAUCCCGAUCGAGUAUAACGAGUCAGCCAUUGAUGACGACGAAGGCGAGAAUGGAGACGUCGAUGACGACAACGAGUGGGAGGGCGAGGGCUCGGGCGAGUGGGAGCCAGGGCAAAGCACGGUCGUCGAAUAUGCGGCGAUCAUGGAUAUCAUUGUCGAUCAUUUGUCCUACCCAGAUAAUCUCGUCCAGACAACUGCCAUGGACUGGAUCCUUACUUUCUUGGAGUUUGCUCAAACCACCGUUGUUGCCUUCACUCCUCGCAUGGUGUGCGCCAUCCUCCCAAAUCUCGCGUCAUUAAAUCGCCACAUCAAGCUCGCCGCGACUGAGACCAACCGAAGGCUCAUCGCUGUCAUUCAGAGUCUGCCACUACAAGGGACCCCUGCUGUCAACAAUGCUGCCAGUGUCCAGAAGGACGGCCAGACAGUGGCGAGUGUUGGCUCAACUCUGAACACGGCUGGCUCUUCUCCACAAGGCGGUGGAAAGAAUGACGGUGGCCUCUCGGAAUCGCCGGAUCGCUUGGCAGCGCCAAUUGCGGACCCACUCGACAGUGGAAGCUCGCCCUCGGCGCCCGGAUCGACUUUACGCAUAAAAGCUGGCCCACCCAUGCCCUCUUCAGAGCCGGUGACUCCUGCGACAAGUGACUUCCCCCCAGUUUCCAAGGUCCGCACCAGACCUCAGUCUCCCGAGUCACAGCCGAUCACCAAUAGCAUUGCACUGCAGCUGCAGGCUCACAAUGUGCGGCCCACCUCCCCCGCAGAGGUGGCCGAAGUCGACGACGACCCAUUUGACGUGCAUGAGACAGUCAACAUGCUAAUCCUGCAAUUCAUGAGCGAGAACCCCGAAACGCGUAUCGCCGCCCUUGAGUGGCUGCUCAUGCUGCACCUCAAGGCACCGAACAAGAUUCUUUCGCGUGACAGUGGCACUUUCCCAGCCCUUCUCAAGACUCUCUCUGAUCCCUCGGAAGAUGUCGUAAAGCACGACCUGCAGCUUCUCGCGCAGAUCUCGUCGUCUUCCGAGGACUCGUACUUCCGAAGCUUCAUGGUUAAUGUUCUCGAGCUAUUCAGCACCGACAGGCGUCUGCUAGAGACUCGUGGCAGUCUUAUCAUCCGGCAACUGUGUCUGCACCUCAAUGCGGAGAAGAUCUUCCGCACACUGGCUGAGAUCCUUGAGAAAGACGAUGACUUGGAGUUUGCGAGUAUGAUGGUUGUCAAGCUCAACAUGAUCCUCAUCACAUCGCCAGAACUGUCCGACUUCCGCCGCCGCCUAAAGAAUCUCGACUCUAAGGAUGGGCAAAUGCUCUUCACCUCGCUCUACCGGUCGUGGUGUCACAAUGCGGUCGCAGCGUUUGCUCUUUGUCUCCUGGCACAGGCGUAUGAGCACGCGUCAAAUGUGCUGCAGAUCUUCGCCGAACUCGAACUCACUGUACCUCUCCUCGUCCAAAUUGACAAGCUUGUGAUGCUGAUUGAGAGUCCUGUAUUCACAAACCUCCGCCUGCAACUUCUGGAGCCCGACAAAUACCCCUAUUUAGGGAAGUGCUUAUACGGUCUUCUCAUGAUUCUCCCACAGAGCAGUGCCUUUGUCUCACUGCGCGCGCGAUUGGCGGUCGUGAACGCGUCUGGGUACACCCCACCACCCUCAAAGCCAUCCUACGCACAACCAACAGGCGGGCGUUCCGCUGUGCGCAAGGACGUGAUACAAUGGCAGGAUCUGCUUUCACACUUCCGUGCUGUGCAGAAUCGACACGAGCGCGCGCGCCGGGCUGCCCAGGCCUCGGAUCAAAUGGCCAAUUUGCACUUUACACCUUCCACGACGACAACAGCACCAGCUGCUGGGCUGGGCAAACCCGGGCUUCCCGGCCUGCCAGCACCACGGCGCAAACCGCAGAACACAAGCCGCGCCGGCACAGAUCCAGGCAUGCCAACGCGCGGCGCCUCUGGCCUCUCCCCGCUGAACCCAAAGCGGGUGAGCUCUGGCGCCGCCGCCGCGUUGGUCGCGGCCGGGGGUGCGGUGGCCAGUAUGAACGGACAGGGGCUUGGCGCGAUGCGAGCCAUGAGCCCACCGCCGGUGCCGCCUAAGAAGCGCUUCCCGCAGGCGCCGGUGCGUCGGCUGUGA